UCGUAUUGCAUCGUGUGUGAGCGCGCGUGUGUGUUUGUGUGCAUUCUUCCAAAGUUCGUACAAAGCAAAACGGAGGAACAGGUGCAUUACCGCGUAAAAUAACUACGAUACAAUAAAUCCACAGUCAACCUGCCCCCUCCCGAACUGGGCAAAACAUCGAUAAACCACCAUCGACUGUGCGGGUGUGCGUGUUAUAAAGGAAAAUCAUGUCAAGAAAAUAUCCACGCCAGAGUUAGUAAAAGGGGUACAUUCGUAGUGCAAACAAGGUCGUGCACACGGGACGACCAGUCGGGUGCUAAGGUUAUGCGCCGUGAGAACUGAAAGGAAAGUGAAUAUUUACAGUGGAGGAGGCUCUAAGCACCGGAAUAGUACGGCUUGGUGCCGCGUAGCCGAAUUUCGAGCGAGCUAUUCCCGUCCACUGCGUAGGUUACGCAAGUCAGGAGAAGGUACCGCGAACGGGUGACGAGCUGCUGCUGAUGGUUCUUUUGUUUUGGUAAUCAGCAUCAGCGAGAGAAAGAGCGAGAAGGAGGAGGAAAAGGGCAGUUCGGUAGAAGACGCGUACAAAGGUACGUCCCCACGAUAAGCGUCGGCACCAACAACCAUGGCCAGCACGGUGGUGGUUCUGGAGGUAGUACAAUUGCUGCUGCUGCUGCUCUUACCGGGAAAGGCCAGUACGGACGGUUCCGAUGGAUCGGUCGGUGGCCGGACGGUCGCAGCUCCCGUGCUGAUCAUCGUCUCGUACGAUGGCUUCCGGAUGGAAUAUCUGCAGCGCAACAGUUCCGCUUACAUCAACGAGCUGCGACGGAACGGCACGACCAGCGCGUACCUGCGCAACGUUUUCCCAACGAAAACCUUCCCGAACCACCACAGCAUCGCAACCGGUGUCUACCCGAACGUGCACGGUGUGCUGGCCAACGGUGUGUACGAUUCGGUCCAGGGUCCGCUCAACUAUUCGUACGAACUGUUUCACUUCAAUCCGGACCUGCUGCCGAUUUGGUCCCUGAAUCAAUACGCUGGCGGACACAGCGGUUGCAUGAUGUGGCCCGGUACAGACUAUGGCUACGGUGCGCGCAAUCUUACCUGCAGUCACACGCAAAAGUUUAACCUUUCCAUACCGUGGACGGAACGGCUCGAUACCGUGUUUCAAUGGAUACGGGACGCGGAACGGCCCGCCAAUCUGGUGAUGCUGUACAUCGAAGAACCGGACUUUGAUGGGCACAUGUACGGCCCCAAAUCGGACCGUAUGGAGCAGCUGGUCGGGAAGCUAAACGUCCUCACGCGCCAGCUACAUACGAUGAUUGCCGAGCAGCGGUUGCAGGAGCGCGUGAACGUGGUGCAUCUGAGCGACCAUGGGAUGGAGAUACUGAUGCCGAAAAAUUUCAUCAACCUCUCGUCGCUGGUGUCGGCCGACCUGCGGUACGACACGUACGGCAGCACGCCGGUACUGCAGAUCGUGCCGAAGGUGGAGCAGGACCGGUCGGAGCUGUACCGGCAGCUAAAGCGAGCGGCCGACGCGGACGGCAGGUUUGAUGUGUACAUGCAGGAAAAUUUGCCGGCCCGCUGGCGGUACAAUAACACGCGGCGUACCGGUCCGAUCACGGCGGUGGCACAGCUUGGCUACGGGUUCGACGAUAUGUGGGCGACGGUUGAGUACUAUCGGAAAAAGUACCGUAUCGAAGUCACGCCGGACACGCCGUACGGUAUGCAUGGGUAUGAUAAUGCGCAGACCACGAUGAACUCCAUCUUCUUCGCGUACGGUCCAGCUAUACGGGAGCAGCUAACCGUCGAACCGUUCGAUACGGUGGAUCUGUAUUAUAUGUUCUGUGAAAUACUCAACCUCGCACCGCCCAACUAUCUGGCCGGCAACGUGAGCCACAUCCAGCACAUACUGCGCAACAGUUCACGGCACGACGAUGACGAUGAUGAUAACGAUCCGAACGGCGGUGGCGGCGGCGGCACCUCCGAUGCAACGCGCGUAGAAACAAUCGCAAUGAUUUUCGCCGGCAGUCUGUUUGUGUCCUUCGGCAUCGUGAGCCUGUUUGCGCUCGCGGUGAUCUAUCAGCGGCGAAGACGCGAACACCUGGUACCACCGUAUCUGUACGAGGAAACGGAAACGUUCAUCGACGAAGGCAACAAGAUGCUGCACACCAGCACCACCAACUCGUCCAUCAAUGGUGAUGUUGUGUCGGUUGACGUUUGAAACGGUCCGUGAUGUAUGAUAUAUGGUGGUAAGAACGUGUGCUGGUGGCAGCAAGCAGCUUUACUGGUUCUACAGCCAAUCGAAAGGUCGUCUCUCGGGGUCUGCCCUCGGCGGUCCGGUCGCGUGAAGAGCGCGGCGCCGCUAUCGCCAUCGAACCGGGCCGCCCCAGCAGUUUUUGUAUAGACCGAUUUAUUAAGAGGCUUCGAAGAACGAAUGCGCAUUCGAAUGGAUAAUUGAAUUUUAACAUUCCGUGUGCGGGAAUUGAAAAAAAAGACAGCGAAACAGAAGGAAGCGAACAAAUUCAGGCAAUUUUUUUUUAAUUUUGACCCUUUUUCCAUAUGCAGCCACCAACUGGAAGAUGAAUUCGGCUUGUGAACUUCAAUAUGCGCAUUAUAAUGAAUUGACAUUGAAUGGUAAUUGUUUAAUUGAAUUGUAGCAGGAACCUAGAGUGGGGAGAGGAGAAACAGAUAACGACGAUGAACACGAAACAAAAAAAGCCUAAACAGAAUGUAUUUCCCAAUUUAUUCUAGGCUAAUGGGGCGCCUUAAAGCCGCUUGAGAGGAUCUAUCUAUCUACACCAGUUUAUUGUACAUACAACCUACACUUUACUAUAUCUAUAUACAUGCAAAGGAAGCAGCAACACAGGGCAAAUUCCAAUCGGUUUUUUGAUACUUGAGAUUCGUCGUGCCAGUUACGGUUUUUCCUCCACUUCGAGAGAUUUUGGCUGGCAGCAGCAGCAGUAGCGCGGUAAUGCACUGAAAGUGGCCAUAGCCAACUUUGCGAAAUGGGAGCGCAUCUGCUCUAUCCAUCGCGAGAGGGUGAUUUUAUUUUGUAUACAUACCCAAAGAGAGAACUAUUACUGCUAGAGCGCUGGGUGUAAUGGAGUUUGGAAACCAAGAAGGAAGGAAGCAAAACGGUAGUGAAUAAACAUAGGGGGUAAAUCAUAGGUAAUCAUAAUAGGUUGAUAGAUGGUCAUCGUAGCAGUUGCGUGAUGUCGGUCCGGUGAGUUGAUUAGAGGAGAUUUAUGUCGUCCACCUGCCCCCAUCCCUCCUCCCCCUCCUUUUCCAAACACUUUUAUACAUAAUUCGUCAACAGACAACGAACCGGAAACGGAAUCGCGUGAACAAGAAAAUGCGCCAAAAUAGCAUUAGGCAACUGGAUAACUAUCGUUUAACAAAAAAAAAAAGUUAAAGCUAUCUCUAUUGUGAUAUUUUUCUACGGCGUGAGUGUCUAGAAGGGAAGGAGAAUGGGGAAGAGAUUUAGUGAUAGAAGGCCACCAGUUAGGAAGAAACGGGAUAGUCGUCGUCAGGAGGAGGAGGAGGGAUGGGCGCACGGUUUUGUGGAACAGAAACCUUCGCAAUUGCCAAAUCAAUUAUCAAACGGCGGGGCCGAGGAUUGUCGAGUGAGAGCAAAAGGGGAUCGCGAAAUGCAAGCUGAUAAGCGACUUAAUCAAUCGCGCCGAGUGUGCUCGGUGGUGCGGAUAGAUAAAAAAAAAUCAACCUGACACACAUACAUAAUAUUACCACACACAAAAAGUGAAUACCAACGCCAUAUCUAGUAGGGAAGUUAUGUCCUGGGAAUAAGUUUGCGGGCUGGAAGCAAAAGGGAGCGAAGAAAAUCGUUCCCACUUCCAACAGCGCAGCAGAAACCGUUGUUUACACUUUUAUUCUCUGCCUUUCUACUUUCAAUUCUGAUGAACAGUUUUAUGGAAAUAAAGGUUUUAGGAGAAACAUACGGCGCAAGCUCGUCCCGCGUGUUUGAGCUGUUUAGCGA